UGGGUGAUAUCCAUUCGUGUGUAAAAAACUGAUUUCUGUUAAAAUAGAAGAUGAUUGAUAGAAUUAGUAAUGCUUAUAUGGAGAAUACAGUAUAAAUGGUUAUAUUAUAUGCAACAUUCAAAUUAUGAGGAUGAUUAUAUUUUUCCACGGAAGGAUAAUAUCGAUGUGGAGAGAAAUGCUUAAAUAAGAUGGAAACGAUGACCCGAAAGCACCAGUUUGACUUGACUUCCCAACUCCCAACAUCCCAAGCCUUUUUAUUAAGGCGUAGCCAAGCGAGCUCCAGGCCUCCAGGCAUGGCGGACAAGGGAGUGAAGGUGUUCGGCAUGUGGGCGAGCCCCAUGGCGAUCCGGGCGGAGUGGGCGCUCCGGCUCAAGGGCGUCGACUACGAGUACAUCGACGAGGACCUCGCCAACAAGAGCGAGGCGCUGCUCCGGUACAACCCGGUGACCGAGAAGGUGCCGGUGCUGGUCCACGACGGCAAGCCUCUCGCCGAGUCCACCGUCAUCGUCGAGUACAUCGACGAGGCCUGGAAGGACGGCUACCCGAUCAUGCCGGCCGACCCCUUCGAGCGUGCUCAGGCGAGGUUCUGGGCCAGGUUCGCGGAAGAGAAGUGCAACGCUGCUCUGUACCCGAUCUUCAUGACGACCGGCGAGGCGCAGAGCAAGCUGGUGCAGGAGGCACAGCAGUGCCUGAAGACGCUGGAGACGGCGCUGGAGGGGAAGACGUUCUUCGGAGGCGACGCCUUCGGCUACCUCGACAUCGUCACCGGGUGGUACGCCUACUGGCUGCCGAUCAUCGAGGAGGUCACCGGCGUCGCCAUCGUCACCGACGAGGCGCUGCCCCUGAUUAAGGCCUGGUUCGACCGGGUCGUCGUCGUCGACGCAGUGAAGGCGACCCUGCCACCCAGGGACAAGCUCCUCGCUCUCAACAAGGCUCGUCGUGAGCAGCUCCUCUCGGCGUAGGCCACGACUACUUCAGCUUCCAGCUACGUUUCGUCGCCAUUGUCCAUGGCUAAAUAAGUUCUUCACAAGCACACUGUUCAGUAGUAGAUGCAAUGUUCACAUCCGUCUCAGAUAGACUUGCUAUACGCCUACUUAAUUAUUUCCUCAAGGGGAAAAAAAAUGAAGACAUACUACAGGUUUGUACUAA